GAAGAAUGAAUGUUCGAACUAUUUCAACAAGGAAUUGGGCUGAAAUGAAGAGCUCUGGAUUGAUACCGAACGAAGCUGUGUACCCUCCGAUAAGCUUAUAUACAUACUCCGUAUAUAACUAGGGGCCGAUCCACCCCGGAGAAGCCUUUAUGCACCUCUCUUAUCGUGCCAUCAUCACCGAGGAGAGAGACAGUCCCGGCUUUCAAAUAUCUUCCACUUCCCGGUUCCACACUUUCUUGUUGUCCUUGACAGGACCAGUAAAGAAGAAACCUAAGCGGGAAAGUAGAGAAUCAAGUCACAAUGGCGAGCCGAAACGCCCUCCGUCGCGCUCUACUCUACAUUCCCGGCUCCUCGCAGCGCUUUAUUGACAAAUCACGAACUUUAUCCGUGGACUGUGUCGCCUAUGAUCUUGAAGACAGUGUCGCUCCGCAUAUGAAAGCGGAAGCUCGUUCGUUGGUACGAAGAGCUCUAGACCAGCCCGUACCGGCCGGUAUCCGUGAACGAGCAGUGCGCAUCAACUCCGUAAAUAGCGGAUUGGCCCUAUCAGACUUGACCGAAGUUCUCAAAUCCCCCAAUCUAACGACCAUCGUAAUCCCCAAGGUCAACUCUGCCUCGGACCUCACCUUUGUAACAGACGUCAUCAACCACACGCUCUCCCAGAGCCAAGCUCCCCCCCAAUCACAAGCAGAGGCAGAUGCUCUCGCCAGCCGACCUCCGAUCUCCCUGCUGGCCCUCGUGGAAUCCGCAAAAUCACUCACCAACCUGACGCACAUCUGCUCCGCCACGCCCCUCCUCCAAGGCCUGAUCUUCGCUGCAGAAGACUUCGCCCUGGAUCUCAGUCUUACCCGUACGCCAGCCCUAACCGAAUUCCUGUUUGCGCGCUCGGCGAUUGUCACCGCUGCCCGGGCCGCGGACGUCCCCUCGACGAUUGACCUCGUCUGCACGACAUACAAAUCCACGAAAGCGGACGGGUCCCCACCGGCGGUGCUGGAAGAGGAAUGCCGCGGGGGUCGCGGAUUAGGGUUCAACGGCAAGCAGUGUAUCCAUCCGUCUCAGGUGGAAACAGUGCAGGCAAUUUACGGACCUGACCCCGAGGAAGUGCAGUGGGCGGUUCGGACGGCGAUCGCAGACGAGAAGGCGGCCCGAGCUGGAAGGGGGGCGUGGACGUUGGACGGGAAGAUGAUCGACGUGCCCGUUGCAGCGAAGGCCCGGGCGAUUGUGAAAAGGGCAGAAGCUUGCGGAUUCAAUGUUGGGGAGCUGCGGGAGAAGUGGAAGGGCCAGGAACCCGCGUAGAUUAUCCGGUUGGUUUCUUGACCAGGCUGGUUGGUCUCUCUCUCUCUUUCCUUGAUAUUCACUGCAAAUUAGAGAAAUCAUCCUACAGUUGAUGGUGUCAUUUACACCUGAUAUCCUGAGCGGAGCGGUAGACACGCUAGAUAAUAUACAUUCUACUACCAUUCAUAUAACAUUCCCUGGAUAUCUAUCUAUCUAUCCAUCUAUCAAGAUCAAGAUCA